UUGUGCCAAGUGUGUUGACUCUGACAAUAGUUUUUAUCAAUCGUUGGAUAUAGCUACUGUAAUUUCUUGAAUUACGGUCACUGAGAUAAAGCAAGGAAAGCUCAAAAAUUGCUGAAAUCUUACGAAAUUCCACACAAAGAUGCGUAUUCAAAUUGUGGCUGCUGCAUUCUUUUUGAUAUUCACAUAUCAUCAGUGUGAAGGUGCGAAUAUAUUGGUUUUAGAAGAAUUGCUAUCUCCUAGUCAUUAUCUGUGGUUCAAAAAAGUCACUGCUGGGCUGGUAGCAGCUGGUCAUAAUGUAACAGUGGUUUCUCCCGGCGCUGAUGUAUCGUCAGAAAAUCUGCAUUACAUUCACAUGGAAAAGGUGUAUGACAGAGUCUACAAACCCAUGGAAGAAAGUGGAAUGGAUUUCUUUGAAAUUGGCAACAUCAAUCCGUUUCUGCAGUUUCUGUUUUUAUCCGAUUGGAUUGUGAAUUCAUGUGAAGGUUUUGUAGAGUCGGAUGGAUGGCAAACACUCAAGAAUUAUCCAAGUAAUUUCAAGUUUGAUCUCGUAAUACACGACUUUCCGGCUGGAAUAUGUCUGCUGUCAUUCCUGCAGAAAUUCAACUAUCCACCGAUGAUUUUCAUGACUGCCUAUGCGGAAUACAAUUUUAUCUCGUACAUUACAAAGACAACCGUAACUCCAUCGUUUUAUCCGUAUGUGGCACUAGACGAAUUGCAGCCAACAUUUUUGUCGCGAGUUGAGAAUAUGUUGCUUCAUGCCAUCGAUUAUGUAUGUUACACUUACUUCAUAUUCCCAAAAUUGGACAAAAUUGUGUCGUCUUCAUUUGAAAAUCUACCACCAUUACAAGAACUUGCACAGCGAAGCAUAAUUACAAUGUUCAACUACGAUGCUGCGGUAGAAGGGAUCAGACAACUACCUCCAAACGUUAUUGGUGUUGGAGGACUGCAGAUCGAAAAACCGAAAGCUUUAACUGGAGAGAUAAAGUCCAUUGCUGAUCAGGCAACGAACGGUCUAAUUCUGUUCUCGCUUGGAACCAACGUAAAAAGUAAAGAUUUGGGAGACGUUCGCAUAACGCACAUAUUGAAAGCUUUUGCCAAUUUCCCUGAGUACACUUUCUUGUGGAAAUUUGAGGCUGAGAAACUACCGAUGGAAGCGCCAAAAAAUGUUUUCAUCAGAAAAUGGAUUCCACAGAAUGACGUCUUGGGCUACAAUAAUACAAAACUAUUUAUCACACAUGCUGGCGGUUUAAGUACCCAGGAAGCUAUAUGGCACGGAAUUCCUAUGUUGGCUAUGCCAGUAUUUUUGGAUCAAUUUGGAAACAGUCGCAAGUCGGUUAGGAAGGGUAUUGCCGAGCAACUUUUGUUUGCAGAUCUGUCUUCGUCCACAUUGACCGCAAAACUUCGACUGCUCCUUUCGAAUCAGAAGUACAAAAACACCGUGGUUGCUGCGUCCAAAGCUUUCCGGGAUCAAAAGGACACACCGCUAGAGCGAGGCCUUUGGUGGAUUGAAUGGGCAAUGCGAAAUCCCGAUCCCGUUCAUUUCAAAAGCCCGUCAAGUCACCUGGGAUUUUUCGGAAUUCAUUCGGUCGAUGUGAUUGUAUUUUUGGCAAUUGUUUUUGCAGUCCUGACCUACGGAGUGCUGGCGGUUUGCAGGAAAAUCAUUAAACUAAUCUUCUGCCGAAGUGAAAGCAACUCAAAAAGAAAGCUCUUUACCAUGCGUACUGAAGUCUUUCCAUCGUUGUUAACACUUCUGGCUGUUUACCAUCAGUGUCACGGAGCGAAUAUUCUGGUUCUUGAGGAAGUUUUAUCUAAAAGUCAUCACUUGUGGUACAAAAAGGUCACAGCGGGACUAGUAGCAGCUGGACAUAAUAUAACGGUAGUAACUCCACAACUUGAUGAGUCGUCACCCAAUGUUCACUACAUUUAUAUGGAAAAAGUGUACGAAGCGAUAUACAAAGCGUUUGAAUCUAAUUCGAAGUUUGACCCAUUCGACUUUGGCGAUUCUAGUCCAUUCGCUCAACUAGCUUUAUAUUGCGGGUGGUUGCAUAAUAUUUGCAAUGGAUUUGUUGAAUCGGCUGGUUGGGAAAUACUGAAAAAUUAUCCAAAUGAUUUCAAGUUUGAUCUCGUCAUACACGAUUUUCCGAGUGGCAUGUGUCUGUUGUCUUUUCUGGCAAAAUUCAAUUAUCCGCCGAUGAUUCAAAUGACCGCGUAUGGUGAUUACAAUUUCAUUGCAUACACCACCAAAUCAGCAUUGGUUCCGUCAAUGGCCCCACACAUUAUGUUACCUGAAUUAAAGCCGACGUUUUUUGGUCGAAUUGAAAAUUUUCUACUUCAUCUGUUCGACUACGUGUACUACAAUUACGUUGUCUAUCCGAAAUUUGAUAAAAUUGUGGCAUCGUCAUUUAAAAAUCUACCGCCUCUGAAAGAGCUGGCCCAGAGAAGCAUUAUCAGUCUUUUUAAUUACGACGCUGCAAUUGAUGGCGUUCGACAAUUACCACCGAAUGUUAUCGGUGUAGCUGGAUUACACAUUGAAACACCAAAAGCUUUAACAGGGGAACUGAAAUCAAUUGCUGAUGAAGCAAAAAACGGACUCGUUCUAUUUUCGUUGGGCAGUAAUGUGAGAAGCGAUUUAUUGGGUGAUGUGCGCAUUGCACAUAUCUUAAAAGCUUUUGCAAACUUUCCCGAUUACACUUUCCUAUGGAAAUUUGAGUCCGAUACACUUCCCAUCGAGCUGCCGAAAAAUGUGUUCAUCCAGAAAUGGAUUCCACAAAACGAUGUUUUGGCUCACAAAAACACCAAAUUAUUUAUAACACACGCUGGUCUGUUGAGUACACAGGAAGCUGUAUGGCAUGGUGUUCCAAUGUUGAAUAUGCCCGUUUUCAUUGAUCAAUUUGGAAACAGCUUCAGAUCUGUGCAAAAAGGAAUCGCUGAGCAGUUAGCCAUUAAGGAUCUAACAUCGUCAUCACUCACCGCAAAGAUUGAGCAACUUCUUUCGGAUGAAAAGUACAAAAAGAACAUUCUCGCUGCAGCGAAAGUAUUCAGAGAUCAGAAAGACAAACCGCUAGAGCGUGGUCUGUGGUGGAUUGAAUGGGCACUCCGAAAUCCGGAUGCUAUCCAUUUUAAGAGUUCUGGCUCUGAUCUGAAUUUUUUCCAAAUACAUUCCAUUGAUGUGAUUGCCUUUUUGAUGGUAAUUUUCAUGAUCACAGCGUCGGUUCUGGUUGCUAUACUAUGGAAAAUGGUUGGGUGUUUAUUACGUAGAAAAGGUGAUAACAGUAUAAAGAGCAAAGUGGAUUAAGUUAAAAUUAAAGAUAAGUGUGCAACAAGAGAGAAUUUAAAUUGUCUAUCCCAAUCGUUUGAAUAAAGUUUUGGUGUCCUCUGUUUAG